AUGCUGGAGGCACUGGAGCAUGUCCAGGACGUCGGCGAGGCGCUCUGGGCGUGGAAGGACACCCUGAGCAACAGGGAGAGGACGAUCAUCCUCAAGGAGCAGAAAGAUUGGCAACGGAUAGUCGAGAUCUUUGACUGGUUUCGCAGGGAGCAGGGCCAUGAGCUUAAUGUGAUUCACUACAAUGUUGUGCUCCAUAACGUUGGAAAGGUGAGGAGGUGGGACCUCGUUCUUAGGCUGUGGCAUGAGAUGCAUACCUUUGGUGUGGCGCCUGACAACUCAACAUAUGGUACACUGAUCAAUGUGUGUUGCAAAGGGGGAAGAGGAUGGGUGACUUUGGUUUGGCUCGGAGACAUGUGCAAGCGUGGUCUGAUGCCUGAUGAGGUCACUGUGAGUAUUGUGAUGCAGGCGCAUAAGAAGGCUGGAGAGUAUGAAACAGCUGAGCUAUUCUUCAAAAGGUGGUCCUCAGAUUCAAUUAGAAGGAUGGAGGGACGUCCUUAUCCUCACUAUAGCUUAUAUACUUAUAACACCUUGAUUGAUACUUAUGGAAAAGCUGGUCAUCUUGAGAAAGUAUCAGAUACAUUCAACCAAAUGUUGAGAGAAGGUGUUGCGCCAAGCGUUGUCACAUUUAACUCAAUGAUCCAUGCUUGGGGUAAGCAUCACAGAAUGGAGCAAGUUGCUUCUUUGAUUCAAAUGAUGGAGGAUUUCCAGUGCUUUCCUGACACUAGGACUUACAAUAUACUGAUCUCACUGUACAGAGAAAGCAAUGAUAUUGAUAGUGCAGAGUACUACUACUGGAAGAUAAAAGCAGAAAACUUGGUACCAGAUGUUGUGAGCUGCCACACACUCUUAUAUGGAUACUCUAUCAAGGGCAUGGUCACUAAAGCGGAAGCCCUUCUAAAGGAAAUGGAUGAGAGGGGCGAUGAAUACACACAAUCUGCUUUGACAAGGAUGUAUGUAAAUGUUGGAAUGCUUGAGCAAGCUUGGUGUUGGUUUGACAGGUUCCAUCACCAUAUGAAUUCUGAAUGCUUUUCUGCAAAUAUUGAUGCAUUUGGAGAGAAAGGAUACAUAGUUCUUGCAGAGAAGGCUUUUAUAUGCUGCCAAAAGAAGAAGAUGCUCAGUGUUUCUGCGUGCAAUGUUAUGAUCAAAGCAUAUGGGUUGGUCGAGAAGCUUGAUGAGGCAUGUGAGAUAGCUGAUGGCAUGGAGAGGUGUGGCAUUUUGCCAGAUUACGUGACAUACAGUUCUCAUUCAACUUCUGUCAACUGUAAACGGCCAAAGAAGGCUAUUUACUACUUGGAAAAAAUGAAAGCGGUGAAAUUGCUAUCAGACUGUGUCCCAUACUCUGUGGUAAUUGGUAGCUUUGCUAAGAAUGGUGAUCUACGAAUGGCUGAAUACCUAUUUAGAGAAAUGAUCAUGUCAGGGGUCUGUGCUGAUGUUUUCCUCUACUCUAUCUUAAUUGAUGCAUACGCUGAAAUUGGAAAUGUUCAACAAGCUUCAGCAUAUUUUGGUUUAAUGAAAAAGGAUGGUUUAUGUGAGAAUGUUGCGAUCUACAAUUCUUUGAUAAAGCUAUACACAAAAGUAGGGUAUGUUGCAGAGGCCCGAAAAACAUAUAAGUUAUUCAGAGCAUUGGAUACGGAUGCCAUCCUUUAUGCAUCUAAUUGCAUGAUUGAUCUCUACAGUGAUAAUUGUAUGGUGAAGGAAGCACGUGAGGUUUUUGAAAGUUUGAAGGUCAGGGGAAGUGCAAAUGAAUUCUCACAUGCAAUGAUGGUGUGUAUGUACAAGAAAGUUGGUCGCUAUGAUGUAGCUCACAUGAUUUGCAAGGAAAUGCUAGCUUUAGGACUUCUAACUUAG